AAAGAUGCUGAAAGUGUUCCAAAAUUCAACGCUGCUCGGCCAGCAGCUAAAGGCACUGGUAUCGGUCCGACACUACGGCAAACCGAACAAAAAGUUUCUCUACAAAGAUGGUAUCCUGAAGGAUCAAAUCUAUUACUACCCAAGAGAUAGCAAUCGCGAAAUACCACCACUCGAAGGUGAACCAUCGAAAUUGUUUAGCGUCCGACGAUUGAAACCGAUCAAAGGAUUGCCGUACUGGGAAAAGCGAAUAUUGCGGGGAUUAGGAUUGUACGAGAAAAAUGCCGUCGCUGUGGUGAAAAACAUCCCGGAAAAUAAUGCACGCCUGUGGAAAGUGAAACAUUUGGUAGAAAUACUCCCGAUCACGUACAAAUACGGUGAACCAACGGAAGAGGAUGUGGAACGCACGUUCCUGAAGGAGAACGGCGAGUGUGUCGUGAUUCGUAAGCUGGAGGCGAUUGAGGUGGCCAAUACCAAGCUAACGGCUGCCGAACAGAUCCGCAACAUGAAAGAACGUAUGGAUGGGGAAACGUUACGGAAGGAUUCCCGGUUGAAGUGGUUAAAUGCAUGGUAG